AUGACAGAACCAACACCACCUGAUUCAAAGCAACUUACAACAAUAUAUAAGAAGAAUGGUCAGUUCGACUCUCAACGGAAGCAACUUCUUGAAAAUUUCAAACAAUCAGAAACAUACGCCAACUUACUCCUCAAACUUAAGAUUCUUGUUGAAAACAAAGUCAAGCAAGAUCCUACUAUCCUUACUAAAAACAAGGGGAAAAUGGCAGCAUUAAUACAGGGUGAAAUCAUAAAUGACAGUAGUGGUGCAGCUGGAUUGCUUAGUAUUGUCGAUAGAGAUAUUCAAGAUAAAAUUAUUGAUUCUCCCGAGUUUCACAAUGUUAUUCGAGAACAAUUAAUGGAUAUACGACGGAUCCUUAUGGGUAUAAGUGAUGAAGAGUAUGCUAAACAAAGGGAGCAAGAGAAGUUAAGGUUGGAAAGACUAAAAUUAGAAGCUAAGUUUGCUAAUAAUACUGAUUAUAAGAAUAACUUCAGAGUCAAGAGUUUGAGUAGCACCACUCACCGUGUGACCAAACCUCCAAGAUUCAAUAUUCAUUCAAAUUCCAAACACAAGUUUACAAUCUAA